AUGAGUCUCAAUGUGCCGUCCAGGCGGCUCCUGAAGAGCGCCCCCUCCUCCGCCAACGCCCUCGUCCCGGCCCUCCAGUCCCUCUCCAUCAACACCCGAUCCAUCCACACCACCCCCUCCCAACAAUGGAGUCUCUUCGGCUGGGGCAAGCAAAAGGUGGAAGAGCGUAACAAGGUCAAGGAGGAGCUCAAGCAGAGCGAGCUCGCCCGCACCCGGAAGCCCACGCAGGAAGAGAUCUUUGAGCGCGUCCGCGGCCGUCUCGAAGGCGACUCCAUCUUCGCCGACACCACCCCUUCAUCCGAACUGGCCGCCGAGCAGGACAAGCACAAGGACUGGGCGACCGCCAGCGCCGAGAAGAAGCUUGCCGCCGCGCACGCCAAGGACCAGACGCCGACGGGCAUCUCGCUGAAGAAGGACCACCUGGUGCGCGUCGUCGACCCGGACCCGCGCUCGCGCGUGCGGUGGGAGCGCAAGAUGGUGAUCCGCAAGCUGCAGCGCGGCACGGACCCGUGGAGCGUCGAGCCCAAGGCGGAGCGCAUCGCCCGCACCGAGCGCAAGCUGGUGUACAAGACGGGCUACUUGCCAACAUCGGUCAAGAAGCUGGUGCACCUGUCGCGCCAGAUCCGCGGCAAGACGGUGUCGGAGGCCCUGGUGCAGAUGCAGUUCAGCAAGAAGAAGAUGGCCAAGGAGGUCAAGACGGAGCUGCUUAGGGCCGAGGCCAAAGCCAUUGUCACGCGCGGUAUGGGCUUGGGCAAGGCCGCCGCCGCCGCCGCUCAGAAGGAGACUGGCGCGGAGCCCGUCAAGAUCCAGACCAAGGACGGCAAGCACCUGGAGAUCCGCGACCCGACGCGCAUCUACGUUGCCGAGACCUUUGUCAACAAGGGUUUCACCAGAGGUGUUGAGCUCGAUUAUCGCGCCAGAGGCAGGGUGUUUAAGAUGAACAAGCCCACUACUACCAUGACCGUCGUCCUCAAGGAAGAAAAGACGCGCAUCCGCGAACACCAAGAACGCGUCGCCAAGAAGCUCCGCCAAGGUCCCUGGGUUCACCUUCCCGACCGCCCCGUCACUUCCCAGCGCCAGUUUUACUCUUGGUAA